AUGGGAGCUCUUGAUUACAUCUCAAGCUUUUGUAGCGUCACCAGCACAAGAAGAAGCAAACACAUAACUAAAAUUUUCUCGUUUUGCUUGCAGACGGUUGAGAUCAAGGUGAAAAUGGAUUGCGAUGGGUGCGAAAGAAGAGUCAAAGCUGCUGUUUCCUCCAUGAAAGGAGUGAAGACGGUGGAAGUGACGCGGAAGCAGAACAGGGUAGUGGUUCACGGGUACGUGGAUCCGAAUCGGGUACUGAAGCGGGUGAAGAGCACCGGGAAGGUGGCCGAGUUCUGGCCGUACGUCCCUCAGCAUCUGGCCUACUAUCCCUACGCCGCCGGUGCGUACGACAAGAAGGCUCCCGCCGGCUUCGUCCGGAACGUCGUCCAGGCCUUCCCGGCAACCUCCUCCAACGCUGCUCCCGAAGAAAACUUCGUCUCCUUCUUCAGCGACGACAAUGUCCAUGCUUGUUCCGUCAUGUAA